ACACUCCGUAGAUGCAUCGACGAGCUAAUACCCAAUGACUACCUAAAUCGGAAGACGAGACCUCCCCGAGAUAGCUUCGACGGCGACCCCUCCAUUCCGAGAUGGACUUUGGACUUCCAGAUGGCGGGGCUGCGAGUCCUUUUGAUGACAGCGGCGGUGACGGUAGCGACAAGAAGCCCAAGGCCCUUCCGGCCGACCUGCCGACGUCGCUUGAUGACAGGCGCAUGCCGAGGGAUCCUGUGCCUGAGACGGAGAUGUACGAUGGGUGGCAAGGACAAUCACAGUUCUUGACCUCGCCCGUGGUAGCCAAACCCCUCAAGUUCAGCGACCUCUCCCUCAACGACAACUACGACGAGGACCUCACGCGAGGCAUGCCCGACAGUGACACACGCCUCAUGGAGAUGCUAGCGGCGCAGGCGGCCCACUCGUCUGCCUCGGGACUUGAGGAUGACGAGGCGAUCGCGGCGAACGAGAAGCUCUCCGACGAUGAGAAGAAAGAGAUGCUGCAGAAGGUGUUGAACAUUGCUGCUAGCAAUGGCAAUGUGGACCAGGUCAACAACAUCCUGUCGGGCAAGGCUAAGAAAUACGUGGAUGUAAAUGCGCCGGAUGAGGAUGGAACACCACCGCUUAUAUACGCCAGCUGCUUCGGUCACGAGGCCGUGGUGGAAGCGCUGAUCAAGGCAGGUGCCGACGUUGACAAACAGGACCGGAACCGUUGGAGUGCUCUGAUGUGGGCCAUGACGAACCGACACAAGCAGAUCGCAAAGCUGCUGCUCGACCACGGUGCAUCUCAGGAUGCCAAGACGUCGUCCGGCCGAACUGCCGCUGACUUCCUUGCCCCUGACAGCGACAUGUCCUUUUACCUACACAGCAACGGUUAUAACAUCGGCAAUGCCGGAGUGGGCGAUGAUGACUUCUACCGGCCUGGUUUCUCGAACGACAAGUUCGAGGAGGAGCUGAUGGAGAACGAGCUGAGGAGACGUAUGAUGAUGGAGAGCGCGAGAGAUCUCGAGGUGGAUCUGGGCAAUGUUGGCAUAGAUGACCAGCCUGAGGUCUGUCCCGUGGAUGAAUACGAAGAAGAAGAACAGCAAGAAUUCGACUGGAUGAGGUGUCUGCACGACCAAAUGUUUGUCUUCCAGGAGAGCGAUCUCGACCGAAUCUUGGACAUCAUCAUCACCAACAUGACGCCCCAGCGAUCGGCAAGUCAGAAGCCUGUCCCGGCGAACAUGAUCUUCCUAAGCGCAAGAUAUGCACAUUACCACGCAAGCCCUGACCUCCUAGCCAAACUACUCACUAUGGCAAUGGACAAGAUAAACGAUGUGGUCGAGUACCACCAAUGGGAUAUGACCAUACUGGCGUUCUGGGCCUCCAACGCGACCCUCCUGCUUCACUACCUGAAGAAGGAUGCCGGGCUUGUGGAGGCGACGGUCCACUUCCAGGCUCAACUGGCUGAACUGAUCAACGAGAUUUUUAUCCUCAUUGUACGAGACGCGGAGCGGCGGCUGGACAAGGUUUUGGACUCAGCCAUGCUGGACCACGAGACCAUACCGGGAUUUGAGGACAUCACGUUCCAGAAUGAGUGGAAGAUUUUCAAGACCAAGAAGAAGGUCAAGGAAGAACCCCCGGAGAGGCGAUAUCGGCCACCAUCACCCAAGCAGAGGGCGAAACCUGCGCCGCGGAAUGUCACCUCACUCCUCUCAUCCACACUCUUUGUUCUUGAUUUAUACGACGUGCACUCUGUAAUCACAGCACAGAUUGUUGCACAACUGCUCUACUGGCUCGGAGCCGAGCUAUUCAACCGCAUCAUGUCCAACAGGAAAUACCUGGCCCGGACGAAAGCCAUGCAGAUACGCAUGAACAUCUCUGUCCUCGAAGACUGGGCCCGGACAAACAACAGACAGCCUGAGCAUUAUGAGCACGGCGAGAUGCAGGCGCACGGCGAGAACACCAUCGAGGCUGCCAGGAGGCACCUAUCGCCUGUCAUUCAGCUCCUCCAAUGGCUACAGUGUUUCUCGUCACUGGGCGCCGACGACCUGGAGGCGUUGGUUGACACGCUGCAGCAGCUGAAGACCCUCACCCCACAACAAAUGAUUCAUGCCGCGAAUCACUACCGCGCCGAGGUCGGGGAGAAAGGUCUCCCCAAGAGCGCGAUGAAGUACCUGGAGGCCAUACAGAAGGAGACAGAGGCAAGAAGAGAAAAGGAAAAGAAUAAUCGGAGGAGUUUGGCUGCGUCCAUCUCGUCACCGCCUCGCAACACCGCUGUGCCUACCGACAGUGCACCUUCGACACCCCAGCGGAGCGACAAGAAGUCCUCCAAUGGCAGCAGCGGUCCGCCGCAAACCCCGAUUGAGGAGGAGGAAGAGGAUGCACCCGAGAACCUGCUCAUGGAUCCGGCGCUGAUGCUUCCGUUCAUCCUGCCGUCCGUCACCGACAUGCUCGUGAGCUUCGGGGCAGGUUUUGGUGGCGUGAACCGCGAGCGCGCGAGGAAGUACAUUCCCACGGUGCCACCCGAAUUCCUGGCGAAGUUGGAGGUGAACAACGGGUCGAACAACAGGAGGCCGCUUUUUGGCGAAAAGGACUGGGAGAAUGAAGAGGUCUAGUGGAGCCAUCUGCGGUCCGGUUCGAGGAAGCUCUGUUGAGAGAGGUCAUCCCAUUCCUAGGCAUUUUAGACAAAGGCAGCGGCGGUUGCAUAUUUCAUGGGUGGAAAGCGUAUGUCCAAAUGAAGUUGAUUUAUUCCU